UUGAUACUGGUUUUAAACGUAUUCGUAUCGGGACUUUGCAGUCAUGAAUUUCAUGUUGUCUGUCGCAGUACUUCUGUGCCUGUCUUUUAAGGCAAUACAUGGUGUUGUUAUAAACAUCAAAGAGGAAUCAAAGAGUACGGAUAGCAGCGAAGAGUCUACUGAAGAUGUUGAAAGAGAUGUUCUGAAAAAACUAACGUCGAUGGAUAAAAAGAUAAAUAGAAUAUUGGAAACGAUUAACGGCGAUGGCGACUCAAACAUCUAUCAAGGAUGUCCGAAUGGAUGGGUGUCCUAUAAUACUUCUUGUUACCUGUUUGGCUCUGACAAGCUUAACUUCGCUGCAGCACAGGCAUAUUGUCAGCUACGUGGAUCUAAUUUGGUCAGUCUGGAAACUACAGACGAAAUUACCUUCUUGAAAAUAUUCAUGAAGUCUAUCGAAGGAGAACAAAAAGGCGUGUCUUUCUGGCUUGGACUGACGGAGAAUGUGACUGACAGCAGUUGGGUUUGGCAAGCAGAGGGUACAAAAGCUACUGUUUUCGACUGGGGCCCUUCAGAACCAGACGAAGGAAGCAGUGAGGGCUGUGUCUGGUUUGAACAAAUAAAAGGUUAUCAGUGGUCAGACGUUACUUGCGGUCGAACAACGAGGCCAGUGUGUGAGAAAACGAAGAACAUCAUCGAAUGGGAAUAGAGUGUCCAAUGUCUUAGAGACUAACAAUCAGAACAAAACAUAUAUCUUACUAUAAGUAGCAGGUUAAUAUGUUACUGUGUGCAUUUGCGCCAUUACACUUCAUUCGUCGCAAGAAAGGAUAAUCCGCGAUAACACUUUGAUCUUAAUAACAUACAAAGUUAAAAUACAGUUUAUCUAUGAAUAUUUUGUCAGAGCAAUAACCAACACACUUGUUCAGCAUUUAAACCAUACCAUAGCACUCACACUGAGUUAGUUCUUUUAUCAUUUCAUAAUCAAUUAUAUACUCUACUUACAAAAUAAAGAAUACUACUUGUU